AUUUUGGCGGAGAUAAUGGAAAUUACAGCAAAGAAGAGGAGAUGCAGCUUCAACAAAGACUGGGAAACUACAUAUCACUGGGUGAAGCCGGUGCAAGGUGAUUCUCAGAGAGUUUUCUGUGAAGUUUGCCAGAGUUCGUUUUCCGUUUCACACGGUGGGGAAUACGACGUGAAGCGACACAGUACAUGGGAGACCCCCUUCUCAGCUUUGCCUGUAGAAGAAGAAGAAGAAGAAGACAAAGACGAAGAAGAGCGCCUCACAAUGUGGAACAGAAGAAAACUGUGUCUUAUUGCAAUCAUUUUCACAGCUGUCUGCUUCAAAGGGACUGCAGGAGAAGCAAAUCUACUGGACACGAGGCAUGCACACGUUGUAGAUGACCUGUACAAUGGAUGCCGUGAAAAGGCCAUGGAGACGUACAUCCAUUCAGGCCUGUUAAAACAGGAGCUAAAUAACAGUAAAGGAUUCCAGAAAGCAUGGAGUGCAAACGCUGAGUGUUCAGCGCUGAUCCCUGGGGGAAUAAAAGAGCAUACUGCUGCACUUUCCGUCUAUUAUCACGCCGAUCCAGUUUUUUUGGACACCUUUGACGAAGCAGUGGAGACAAUGGGCAUAAAUGCGAGCAUCUAUGAAAACGACUUCCAUUUCAAAGGUCUUCAUUUCCUGCUCAUGGAUUCCAUGGCCUUGCUAAAACAAAAGGAGUGCAAGAUUGCGUACCGGGUCACAGAAAACAAAGUCAAACCAGCAAAAGGCUCAACUGUAAGAUUUGGAAGUUUCGUUUCAGUUAAUUCAAACUAUGACUGGUUAAUGCACAAUGAAGAUAUUGAAGGGAUGGUGCUUUAUAAUAUCACAACUUGCUUCUUUGUCAACCCGGGGGACCACGUUUGCAGCAAAGACAAGGAGGAGUUGCUCUUAUCUCCAGCUGAAGUCUUCACAGUGGAGGAAGUGGCUAAGAGAAUGAAUGGUGAUGAAGAAUACAUUGAGGUCAUUUUGAAACAUUCAACACUGAACAGCACACACAACUGUUUCUCUUUUUCAAGGUCUGCAGCUGUCGUCUCCCCCCAGUGGCUUGUAUCCGUGCUUGCGGCUUUGCUUUUUUUCCUUUAACGGUUUGGCAAAAACCCUUAUCAUCUCGGUCAUCUCUGAGAGUUGUCACAAUGUAAAACACUGCUCUGUUUGUUCAUCUGAACUACUGUUUUUGCUUUGAUGUCUGCAAAAAUAUAUUCAUAACAAAGCUGCCAUGUGAUUUGAAUCAUAGACUAAUAUCAUCGUUUUUAAAUGUAUAACAACAUAAUAUACUUUUUGGUGUGAUUUUUGAGACUUUGAUGCCUUCAAAGAACUGACAGGAGAUGAGAGAUGGGAAACGACCCGCAACAAAGGUUCUCAGCUGGACUCAAGUUGCAGUUUAUGGUCAGCAUUUUAACCGCUGUGGCAUCCAAAUGUAAAGCAGUUUCAUCCAAUCAUGUUAGAUAAAUGAGGUGCAAUGUGGAAAUACACAAACAAAUAAACUUGUUGAACUCCU